AUGACAUUUAAUGAAAACGGGAUCAGGCCCAAUCCUAAAGCGCUCUUCGCAUUUGAGGGCAACAAGGCACAAGCAAUAGGAGACGUGACAUUACCCGUCAUAGCCGUUGGAAAAACUCUUUUAAUGACUUUCGCGGUGGUGGACGCUCUGAGUGCCCACAAUAUGAUCAUGGGGAGAGUUGGAUCCAUAAAAUGGAUGGGGAGGCAUCAACCAGAUGUCAAGUGA